AUGAGAUCUGUACCCACGUUGAUCUUCAUGACCGUCUUUGUCGUAGGGUCAUUGGCUGCCAUGUUGCAAAAUGGCUUCAUGGUCUUUGUGCUGGGCUGGGAACGGGUGCAAUGUGGGAAGCUGGCUGCUGGGGACAUGAUUGUGAGCUGUCUAGCUGCGUCCCGGUUCUGCCUGCAUGGGAUAUCUCUCUUGAACAACCUGCUGACCUUCCUUUCUGUUUGUCCAGAAGUGAUCUAUUUUAACAUCCCCUGGGACUUUAUCAACACUCUCAUGUUCUGGCUCAGUAGCUGGCUUGCAUUCUUCUACUGUGUGAAGAUCUCAUCUUUCUCUCAUCCCAUCUUCUUCUGGCUCAAGUGGAGGAUUUCUUGGUUGGUGCCCAGGCUGUUGUUGAGCUCCCUGAUCCUUGCUUCUCUGACAACCAUCUCAUCCACCAUUGGGAAUAUAAGACUUGUCAGGAUGCUCACCUUGCUGAGUUUCUGUGGAAAUGAUACCCUGUAUAGUAGUAGACUACAAGACUUUUCUCAACAUGUUUUUCUGCCUUCUUUGCUGCUGGCGUUAUCUCUUCCUUUCCUAUUGAUCCUGGUGUCCACCCUUCUGCUUAUGUUUUCACUGCACCAACAUUUGCAGAACAUGAGGGAUUGCAGAUCUGGUUCCCAGGAUCUGAGCACUCGGGUUCACACGGUGGCCCUGAAGUCACUUACCUUCUUCCUUAUCUUCUACAUGUCAUAUUUUCUGUCCUUGGUAUUUGUGACAUUAAAAAUCACCAUCUUCAAGAACCACUGGCACUGGAUCUGGGAAGCGAUUACCUACAUAGGCAUCAGCCUCCAUUCUAGCAUCUUGGUGCUCAACAACUCCAAGCUGAGAAAGGCCCUACAGAUGAACCAUUGGAAACACUCUGUUCAAAGUGUGUUUUGUCUUGAGUGA